ACCUCGUGAGCGCCACCGGCCUCACUGCUCGCGCCGCCUCACCGGAGAAAACAAACUGCGUGGAUGCGCACUCGAAGCAUGCGGCUUCAGGCUCUCUUCAAGCACUUGGAUUUGCAUUCUUUACUAUCGGAAUACAUUUAUCAGGAACAAGGUUGGUGAGCAGUUGUGAACAGCAUGUCAAAGACCCCUCCUCACAGGCGUGGGAUCACAUUCGAGGUGGGAGCGCAGCUGGAGGCUCGGGACAGCCUGAAGAACUGGUAUGCAGCUAGUAUUGAGAAGAUAGACUAUGAAGACGAGAAGGUUCUGAUCCACUACAGGCAGUGGAGUCAUCGUUACGAUGAGUGGUUUGACUGGAGCAGUCCGUACCUCAGACCAGUGGAACGAAUCCAGCUGAGGAAACAAGGUCUCCCUGAAUGGCAGACGGCACCAGGCUUUCAUGUCAACCAGAAAGUUCUAGCCAGCUGGUCAGACUGUCGGUACUACCCUGCCAAGAUCCUGUCCCGUGGCAAAGAUGGGUUCUACACAGUGAAGUUUUUUGAUGGAGUUGUGAAGACCGUGAAGGGGAUUAAAGUGAAGCCUUUCCACAAGGAGAGCUCUGGUGGCAAGACAAAUCAGCAGGCACGAAAGCGGGGCAACCAGAACGAGAAAGAAUGGAAACCCAAGGAGAAGGGCAACAGCCGGAAUAACGGUUCGAGACACAGCACCUCUGGGCAGGAUGGAGAGAGCAGAUCAGAAAGGGAUGAAGAGGACAGCACAGUGAUGGAUGAGUCUAGAAAACUCCAGAAUGGCAGAUUGACUGAAAGUGUAGCAACUAAGAAAGUGAAUGAAUCAGAGACAGAUUCUGCUGAGCAAAAAGAAAAACUGCCCAGUGAAGAAAUCAGGACAGAACCUCUUGAAAAUGGAGAAGACAAGAACAAAACAGAGAACAAAUCAGAGAACAAAUCAGAGAGCAAAGAGAACAAAUCAGAGAAUAAAGAGAACAAAACGGAGAAUAAAGAGAUGAAUAGAGGACAAGAGGAAGAGAAACCUAAAGCAAUUCAAAAUGGUGUUGACAAGAGCGAGGAGGAAAAGAAAGAAGAGGACGUGUCAGAUGAAAGUCCCAGACUGCCCAGAAGGACAUUGAGUCGGAUGGGAGAUGGGAAAGACAUGGAACGGCCCAGCGGUCCAGAGCUGAGGAAGAGACGAGCAUCAACAGGACAGAUGCCACCGUCCAAAAGGAGCAGAGCCAAUUCAAGUGCAGACAAAAAUGGUCGAUCCCAGAUGAAACCAGAUAAGUCAGAAUCUGUCCCGGGGGCCUCUGAAAAUAAGGAUGGCCCAACUUGUCCUGCAGAAAAUGCAGCACCCACAGAAGAGGCAGGAUCCACACCUGAGCUUGCUGCAGCACUCAAACACCAAGUUCACCUUCCAACGACAAACAAGUACAGCAGAGAGCCAUUAUACAGGGUCAUCAAAAAUCAACCGCCCCCUAUCCUGUCCAUUGAGCUUGACCAUAACCCCUUCAAGUGCAAGAUAGAAGGCUGCCUCAAAUCUUUCCGCAAGGCAUCUCUGCUGCACUACCACAUGAAGUACUACCAUGCACAGAGUGACCCGAGUCCCCCUCGCUGCGUGCAGACGCGCUCUUCAGACAAACAGAAUCACAGCCAGGAGACACCCCGCAGGCGCCGGACAGUCUCUGCUUCCCAACAUACGCCCUCCCCUCUGAGUGAUAGUAAGUCAGGCCACACUCUGUCACCCCCUGCUGCUGGCAGCAUGCACCGGCAGCGCUCGAACACACUGGGUGCCGAGAGGAGCAAAGAGAACCAACACAUCAACCGCUCGCUGCAUGACGACAGAGACUGGGUUGCCAAGGAAACAGGGCAAAAAGAACGAGAGCGGCUGAGAGAGAAGCGGCAGAGGGAUUUCUUGCGCAUUAAACUGAAGAAAAAGAAGAAGAAAAAGAAGUCUAAGUCAGAAUAUUACAGCACUGAGGAGAGCAUUGGCCUAAAGUCUGUCCCCUGCAAUCUGAAUUCGGCCCUCAAAUUGCCCCUCUCCCUCACACACCGCUCCUACACGGGACACUGCCCCGAAAAGAUGCUCAGCCAGGGUGAGGACAGCAGCAGUGAUUUGUCUUCAGACAGUCCUAUAUGGAGUGAGGACGAGUCGGACCCUGAGCAGGAUCUGAACAUGCCCCUCUCAGAGCAGGGUGUAGAUAAGGUCACUCAUGGUUCAGAGAUCAUCCGCUGUAUCUGUGAAGUUCAGGAGGAGAAUGAUUUCAUGAUACAGUGUGAUGAGUGUCUGUGCUGGCAGCAUGGGACGUGUAUGGGUCUGUAUGAGGACAGUGUGCCAGACACCUACAGCUGCUUCAUCUGCAGAGACCCACCAGUCCAGAGGCAGAGUCAGAGGUACUGGUAUGAUAAAGACUGGCUAUGCAGCGGUCAAAUGUACGGCUUGUCUUUCCUGGAAGAGAACUACUCCCAUCAAAACAGUAAAAAAGUGACUGCUGCUCAUCAGCUACUGGGGGAUGUCCAGCGAGUGUUUGAGGUGCUCAAUGGUCUCCAGCUCAAGAUGAGCAUCCUACAAACACAGGCUCAUCCAGACCUGAAACUCUGGCGGCAGCCCUGGAAACAUACAGAUGGCCUGCGGAGGAAGACGGCUGGUGACUCUGGCAUAGCUACUCCCUUCCCCUCUUCACCUCCUGAAUUGGGAGUUAACGAGUUUGAGUCAUUGAAAAGUGAAGUCCUGUCGCCAGUAGAGAUGCACUGCUCUUUCCAGGACUCGUACAUUAGCAGUGAGCACUGCUACCAGAAGCCCCGUACAUACUACCCGGCGGUGGAGAGAAGACUUGUGGUAGAGACGCGGGGUGGUUCGGAGCUGGAGGACAGCCUGAGGAGCACAGAGGACCUCCUGGAGAUGGCUGAGCAGAGGUUCGGCAUGCCGCUGGACAACGAGCAGCACAAACUGCUGGCCGACCGCACUUUUAGUAAGGAACUGGAGAGUCGUAUGAAGCGACUGGUUUCCGCUGAGCAGGAGAAGAGCUGCGUGGUGGACAUUAAGGAAGAGGAGCCUGACCCUGACCUUCUGCUGCACCAGCAGUGGCAGCUGAACCUGCUGGAACACAUUGAGGCGGUGCAGGACGAGGUGACGCACAGAAUGGAUCUUAUUGAGCGAGAACUGGACGUGUUGGAGAGUUGGCUGGACUACACAGGUGAGCUGGAACCUCCAGAUCCGCUGAAUCGCCUCCCUCAGCUGAAACAUCGCAUCAGACAACUCCUCACAGACCUGGGAACAGUCCAGCAGAUUGCACUCUGCUCCUCAUCCUCUUGAGGGCGCCAGAGAACAUACGGAAAGACUGACAGUAGUUCAGACAGAACUGAAUACACACGUAACUGGUGAUGAAAUCAACCCGGUUAACUUGAAGCUCAUGUUUAGUUACAGAGUCCCGAAAAGUCUGACGGGAAACAGCUGACAUUGUCUGUUUUUUGAGGAAACACCUUGCCUAAGCUAACUUGAUAUGAUAAGAGAGUUUUUGUGACAGCGAUUGAUUGGACAGUCGGUGCCAGUUAAAGACUUAAGACUUAUAAGGCUAACAAUAUCUGAUGCAAGCAACCCUUUUUUGUAUUUGUGGAAUAUAACACGUUGUAGCACUUAAUCUGUCAUAGACUUAAGAAUUAUUUUGGUGGUAUAUUUUUUUUUUCGUUUUCUCUGUAUUCUUUACUAUUGCUAAAUACUUCAUUUUUCAUGUUUCAAAGUGAUCUUUUUUUUUUAUUUGACUGUUUUGCUCAUCUUGGCUCUGGAUAAAGAGAGCUUAAGGGCCUGAAUGUUAUUUUGUCGUAGUUAAUGAAAACAUACGUUAAAUAUGAUAAUGACAAUAUGAAUAUAUAUUUUAACCUAAAAGUACUUGCAUUUUACUUCUAUAUUUGUACUAAAUAGUCAUGUAAUCAUGUAAAUAACCCAACCAACUGCUUAAAUUCAUGUUCCGUUUUUUUUUUUUUUUUUUUUUUUUUUUUUUUU